GCCGCAGUUUCGGGGGGCCCGCCGCAGCCGCGACCAUUCCCAAGGCCUGCGCAAGCAGCCUCGGGGGCGGGUGUCCCCGCGGCGGCUUCGACGUCCGCCGAUCUGAUUUCUCCUACCUGCGGCCUCCGAGAUCGCCGGCUCAGAGCCGAGGAGGAGCACCCCGCCGGGCGCGAAGAGCCAUAGCCCGAUCGCCGGAGGGCUGCGGCCGCGCCCGGCCGCCGCCCUGCAGGGCGCGCCCCCGGAGCCAUGCGGGCCGCGCCUGGGUCCGCGGCCCUCCUGGGGCAGGGCCAGGAGCUGGAGCUGGGCGCGCCGCGGCAGCCGAGCGGCGGCGGCGGCGGGGCGGGCGCGGAUGCGGCGCGGCUGCUUGCGGAGCAGCGCGAGGAGGUCCAGCGUCUGUUCUCGGGCUUCGUCGCCCAGCUGGAGGCCCUGCACGUGCGGCACCUGGACCAGCACGGCGCGUGCCUGCAGGGCACCGCGCAGGGGCGGGCGGCGCCCGCCGAGGCGGCGGCGCCCCCGCUGCGCGAGGAGGCGCCGCCGCGGGCCGCCGGGCGGGGCGGGGCCGCGGCCGCGGGCGCCCCCGCGCCGCCGGAGCCGAGCCGCGAAGCCUCGUGGGGCGAGGUCCCGGCAGCCCUGCAGAGCUUCCUCGCCGGGAUGCCCAGGGCGGACGGCUGGCGCGGCCAGCUGCAGGACGUGGUGCACGGCCACGCGUUCAAGAGCGCAGUCACGUGCGUCAUAGUUCUGGGCAUUGUGGCACAGGCAUUCGAGAUAAACGACCUGCUCGAGAGGCAGAGUGAGCAUCAGGGCGAGGACGAUUGGGGCCUCUGGAAGUUCAUCGAGACUGCCGUCACCGUGCUGUUCGUGCUCGAGGUUACGCUCAGAAUUGUGGCUGACCAGUGGUACUUCUUCUUGGGGUCCGCGCGAUACUGGAACUGGCUUGACUUGGUGCUGACGGCCAUGGACUUCUUUGAGGCUCUGUUGGAUGCCGAUGGGAGGGAACAUCGCAGUGCGACCAUUGGCGCGGUCCGCGUCUUCCGAAUCCUCCGCUUCGCACGGGUCUUGCGGGCCGUACGUUUGCUGGCGGCCUUCCACAGCUUCCGCGUGAUGAUGCUAUCCAUCGUGCACGCAAUGCCGUCGCUCUCGUGGGCGUUUUUGCUGCUGCUGGUGGAGGUAUACGUGUUCAGCAUAUUCUUCUCCUACGGUGUGGUGGAGUUCCUCCGCGAGGAGUACCUCCGCGACGGAGCUGCCGACUCCCCAGUAGCAUCAGAGCUGAAGCUUUUCUUCGGGAGCUUGGCGCAGGCCAUGGUGUCCCUCUUCAUGUGUGUGACCGGAGGCAAAGACUGGGGGUACCUGAUGCACGCUCUCGGUGCGUGCAGCCCGGUCUACGCGGCUGCGCUUGUCGUCUACAUCUUUGUCACGCUCAUUGGGGUCAUGAACGUCGUGAAUGGGGGGCACGGUGGUGGAUCUUUGUGGACAGUGCGACGCUUGUUUCCUUCAAAGACCAGGACAUAGUUGUCCAGUAUGAGGCGGAAAAGCGGAAGAGGUGCGCGGACAAGCUCAAGCAGUGGUUCAGGGGGUCACAGAAACAGAUAGUGUCAUGGGAGGACCUCUCGGACGCGUUGCGCCACGAGAAGGUGAGCAGCUACUUCGCUGCCCUUGAACUAGAGGUGGAGCAGGCUAAGAAGCUGUACGAGUUGCUGGAUGUCGAGGACUCAAAUGAGGUAGAGAUCGAUGCGUUCGUGGAUGGAUGCAUGCGCUUGAGAGGGGCGGCGAGGAGCGUGGACCUCGCGAUGCUGGCGUACCAGAGCGACAAGAUGAGCUGCAGGUGGAACGCUUUCAUGCAGUUCGCGGAGGCCGAGUUCACCGAUCUGCGAAAGGCCACGGUCACCGGCUGAGCCCCUGGACGCGCAGGGAAACGCAUGUCUUUGAGUGGUGCCGAAGAUGAGAUUGGGAUGGAGCGCCAUCGCCUCGCCUCCAGCCCCCCCCCUCCGUUUCUCAUUGCUCCUUUUUGCGCUGGGCAGAAGAGCCGCGCUCGCAGCGCCAGCUGGCGGGGAGCCUGUAUCAUUUCAAUAUCCAUCUGCUUGCGGCAAAUCCCAGACUGCGCUGGUGCAGCAGCGCAGGAAGAAGGAGGUUGUGCUUGCGACCCGUUCCAGAUCAGGCCCUUGGCCGAACCGGUGCGGGUCUCAAAUGCACCUUCCUUGUCCUUUCCCCCUUCUUCUCCUGAUGGUGAUGUGAGAUUCACUUCAUUUUUGGCUCGCCUAUUCGGGGCCCUGCUUUGCAUUGACAGAAUUCCCCGCCAAACUCCGCUGCAGCACGUUUGCAAGGUCGGUGCAAUGACUUUCAGCUUGCGGGCCAACGGCCCUCCACCAGAAGGGUGUCGAGCAGCGGCGCCAGAAUUGGACGCGCAAGACCACGCGUGCAGAGGGGGCCUCCUCUUCGACGUCUGAGCGC